CACACUUGCCUCUCUCAACUUACAACAUGAAGUUUCUGGUGAUUGUCUUUGCCGUCUGCGUGGCCAUCGCCUGCUGCCAGGAGACGCGAGAAAAGCGUGGCCUCCUGGGGGCGGGAGUGCUGGCCGCCCCCGGGGCUGUGCUGGCGCCGCGUGUACUCGCCGCCCCCGCUAUAGCCGCCGCCCCUAUCGUCGCUGCCCCCGCCAUCGGCCACGCCCCUCUGGGCCUGGGGAUCGGCUUGGGUCACCCCAUCAUCGGCUGAACCGUUUCAUACUAAUCUAUACUUGUCUGUGUGUACUGUGUCUCCAAAUAUAAAGCCUCUGUAAAAUCA